UGUGCAUAUUUUCAGUCUAGUCACCAAAUAUUUGUUGUAACUUGUCUCGUCCAAUAAUUUAUUUAUAAAUACAUAUUUGUUAAGCAAAACAGAGUUUAUAUUAUUAUGUGCAUAUGUUUACAUAUGGUGUCUUUAGGUGCUUAGCGUGCACUUACAGAAUUCACUUGUGACAAUUUUCAUGACCAACUCAUGACUCUGUCGACGUCGGCAGAAUGUAGUGCAAAUGCCCAACUUCGUUGAGAGAAAAGAAUAUAAAUGUUGGAUCUCUCUAGAUUUGACGUUAAAAAGUAAAAACCGCCAUGAACGCAGCUAGACAAGACGACCAGGAGAUGGAUGAUGAGCAGCCGCCAGAAUUGUUCAUAAAGUUUGAGGCAGAGGAGGACCCACUUCAGCAGGCGGACGAUCCUUUGAUUUCGCGUAAGCAAAUUAAAUUAGAAUAUGCAAUUGAUAAAAGUAUAUUUAAUGCCACAGACUCGGCUGAAGAGCGCAUUAUCAAUAUGCUCAAAGAAAUUUCCGAAGAGAACAAAGGACUGCGCGAGCAAGUUCAGAUCCUUUCUAAAAAGCUCGAUGUAAUGGCGGACAAAUUGUCGGAGGUAUCCGCUGCUAUGAAGGUCCAGGUUCAAAAUGAGGCAGAGGAUGUCAAAUUCCCAUUACAAACAGUCAUGGAGCUGGAGUAUCUUGACUCCUUACUAAUAACUAAGGAGGUGUCGGAUAUUUAUGUCAAAAAGAUAUGGAGUUUAAUUGCAUCUUGUAAAUUAUCAAAAAGUAUAAAAAACGUAAUGGAAGAGGGACUGAUUUUAUUAUUUAAUUUGGACGGAACAGCGGGCAAGAUGUCCCUGAAAAGUUAUAAAAAGUUUUACACUGUCCUCGAAAUGGCGACGCGCAUGAAGUCACCCGGUGACUGCGCCGAAAAGGCUCUCCGAAAGGCCAUACUAAAUGUGAAAAAUAAUACGUUCCAGAAGAAUUUGAGAGCCAGGACUAAUAGUUAAUAAUAAACGCACCAACCAUGAGGGUCUAGGAACGAGUCCAUAUUAAAUUUAAAA